GGAAUCGGGAAUCGAUUGAAGAGUGUUGCAUUGGUUGCCGGUGACUGCGGCGGCGAAACCCGUUGAACGCGAACGAAUUGCGAAACGAGAACAAUCCAAUUCAAGCAAAUUAGCUGUCCACCGAGUGUCGGAGUGUUUGUUUUGGUCGCUGGAGUCGCUGGUUGGCUUUCUACUAUUGCCCCUACACCCAAGAGCUCAGAGGCCGAGCACAGGUGCUGCAGCUGCCUUGGUUUCUGCCAAUGUUUGUUUUAUGCUAAUCGCGUUUAAUUGAAUGCACGGAACGGUGUGUCUGUGCCCUGUUGGUGUGUUCGUUUGCCAUUUUCCAUCCUUUCAAAUGCUGGCCCAUUGCUGUUUUAGUUGCUGCAAAAGUUUUUUCCUGAUUUUCCGUGUUGGUUUCCGAUUCGUGGCGUGUUAGUGCCCCGGUUGCUAGUGCCCACGUGUUCGCGGUGUUGUCGUCGCGGCUGUUUUUGGGUGAAAUUAUGCGUAGCCUCACCCCCCCCGGGGGCGGGUAACGGGCAUCAAGUGCGGCGACGAGUGUUGCGAAAGUGAUAAGCAGCGGCAACCGCGCGUGUGUGAUGCAGUGCUGAACGCAGAUUUAUGCAAACAAAACAACCCAGAGCGCGACGAGAGGUCGAAAACACAUGUUUCCUCCGGUGGCACUCUAAACUCUGGCCCCACGAGGAGUGAAACCGGGUGCAAGUGGAACCGCCAGUACAGUGACAUGGUCGUGCCUGGUAAACAGAUGAUCGAUUGAAAACGGCGCAUCACAAUCAGUGGCUUAAGAGAGGAAGUCAGUCGCCGUUUUGAUGACUUGUGUCUUGAGAGAGUUCCGUUCUGUUUGCUUUUGACUCACUGCGGCCGGCUGUCUCGGGGCAAGAUAAGAGGAACGCGGGAAGCAGAACAGCAAGCAAGCAGCAGCAGCAGCAGCAGCAGGUUCUUCGCGUAAACCGCAAACAAUCGGAUGCAUUUAGUGUAGAUGCAAAACAUCCGUUUUGAAGCGCGGAUUGGUGGAACGGGAACGGGCACGGGAACAGGAAGUUAAACGGUUCCAUGUGACGACCAGCGAUCGCCAGCUUUCCGUUUUGCCGGUCAUCAUUCAGCUUCAGCUGGACGUGUAACGUGCUUCAACCUUCCCCCCGUGAGAAGAAGAGGCGGCCCCAAACCACUGGCCAAACGGCGGAUUUUCGGCGACGCACCACCAUUCCGUGAUGAGCGUCAGUGACUAAUGAACGAACGAGCCUAACCGGGACGAAAGUGAAGAGCAGAAGGAAAAGCGAAGUUCAUAAAUAAGUAACGUCCCAGUAAGCGUUGACGAAGCGUUGACAGCAGCAGCAGUUCGGUAAAGUUUUGUCCGGUUCGACUGUUUUCGGAGAAGUUCACGCAGAUCGACUAAACGCCGGCCACCCAUUAGGUCCCAGGCCGACGGAACAGGGACCCCAAAUCGAAUCCUGUGACAUUCGAGAUGCCAAACGUAAGACAAACGUGAAGCACUGCCAAGAGACUGCCUGUCUUUGCUGCCCUGCCCUGAACGCCCACGGUACACGGCUGGCCGAGGAUCGCUCGCCGGCGGACAACAAAUCUGCCGUCAUCUCGCGACCGUGCGCACGAUCACGUCAAACCUGAACGCGUGACAACCAUGACAACUAGCGUGAUGGCGGUGAGCAAUGGAAGGGCAAGGUGGCGAUACCGUCACCAUCGUCGGUCUACCAUCGCCAACGGCCAGUCGCUGCUGGUGGCCACCACAACGACAACGAUGAUGCUGCUGCCGCUGCUGCUGGUGCUGGCGCUGCUACUGCCGACGGCCACGGACGCCUUCUGUCCGUCGCUCUGCACAUGCGAGAGCGAUCGCUAUCUGCGGACGGCUUGCAUCAACGCAUCGCUCGAGGUCGUCCCGAUCCAGCUGAACCCGGACGUGCGCUACAUCAACCUGACGGCCAAUCAGAUCACCAACGUUCACUUUACGCUGUCGUUCUACUAUCAGCUCGAGUCACUCGAUCUCUCCCACAACCGGAUCGAUACGCUCGGUUCCAAGAACUUUGAGGCGCAGGAAAAACUCCGAACGCUCAACGUGAGCCACAAUGUGCUGCAAUCGCUCGCGAAGGAUGCAUUCCGGGGGCUGAAGCGACUCGAACUGCUUCAACUGAGCGACAAUCAGCUGGAGCAGAUACAUCCGACGGCUUUCGGGACGCUGGUGAGCUUACGGCGGCUCGAGCUACGCAACAAUCGGCUAGUGAGCUUCGAGUACGGUGUCCUGAAACCACUGACUGCCCUUGAGACACUGCUCCUGGACAACAAUCAGCUACUGGAGGUACCGUACGAGGGCAACCUGGAGCACCUGCGAUCAUUGGCCCAUCUCGAACUGUCCACCAAUCUGAUCGAGUUCAUCGGGAACGAUAGCUUUUGUGCGUUACACGAACUGCGGACGCUACGGAUCGCUGGCAAUGUGUUGAUGGAGCUGGAUCACGGUGCCUUCCAGGGGUUGACCGCACUCCAGCUCAUCGAUCUCGCGGAUAACAAUCUAACGACCAUCCCCACGGCGCAGCUGUCGAAGCUGUACAACCUUACCACGCUGACGCUGAGCGGCAACUCGUUCGUGCGGCUACCGGCCGUUGCAUUCCGGAGCCUGUUCCAGCUCCGGGAGCUGCAUCUCGACCGAUUGGACCGGCUGGAGCACAUCGAUACGAGAGCUUUCAUCGACAACACGCACCUGCAGGUGCUGACGCUCGAUGACAACCCUUCGUUCGAGUCACUCCCGGUGCGUCUAUUCCACGGCAAUCCCCAUCUGAUCGACAUCUCGAUGCGACGGAACGCGCUACUAACGCUCGAUGCCGUUCAGUUCCCGCUCGAUCGUCUGCAGCGGUUGAAACUUGCCGGCAAUCCGCUCGUCUGCAACUGUACGAUCCGCUGGCUGUGGCGAUUGGUAACCGGUACGAUCGACGAAAACGAUGAAGAUGAUGCCGAUGGUGUGGCAUUCUUGGGGCGACCACCACCGGACUCGAACCUUACGACCGUUCUGUUGCUCGAUAAGGAUGAGAUCGGGUGUGAUUUGAACGAGGAUGGACUGGUGACGCGUCGUACGCUCCGGAACAUGUCCGAAAGUGACAUCAACUGUCCGGCUCAUCUGGCCACUGUGUUGAGUGUGUUGCUGGCCCUUGUGCUACUCCUGCUCGUUGCUGGUGCCGUUCUCGUGUAUCGACGGCGUGCCCGUGAACGCAAGAAGAUCCUUCAGGAGCGCAAAAAUGUACACGAACGGAUUGUACCACAGAAGGUGGAUAAACUGGAGCUAGAACGGUAUCUGGCGCAGCAGGUCCUUUCGAACGAUUAUCGUGAACUACGACCGACCGCUGGUUGUGCUGAUCUACCGGUACGCUACGAUCUAAAGUAUCCGGAUCAAACGGCCCAUCAAACGCCGGUCGGUGAGCCACCGAUGCCGAUACCGGUCGAUGCAGACUCAGAUCAUUACGAAAACAUUGAUUAUCUGCAGCAUCAACGGGUGCUCGGUAAUGGAUCGGCUACGAUCGGGCCUGCCGGUAGCAUCACCAACCCGUUCCAUCAGCUGCAGCAACUGCAACAUCAGCAGCAGCAACAUCCGUACCACUACACUACGCACCAUGCACCACGCUCGAUACCUGCCACGACGACGACAACGACGACGAUGCAGCAUCAUCCGCACAAGUACGCACACCAGAACCACCACCACCAUCAUCAGCUGCAACAUCAGCUGCAUCCACAGCACGCCCAUAAUAAUGCUGUUGAUCAGCAAUCGGUCAAGGUAACGAACACGCUACCGGCGUCGGCGCCAUCGAACCACCACCAUCACCAUCAGCAACGCAGUCUCAACAACUAUUCGCCCAAUUUUUUCAUCUACGUGCUCUACUCGCACUUUGUGCUCGUACUGUUGGCGUUAUGAUGAGGCAAAUGCCUUCUCCGCUGUGUCGUAAGGCCAUAAAAGGACUGGCUUCCCAUCUCUCGGUGUUUCUCUGUUAAGAAAAGGCUAGUAAGAGGUAUGAGGUACGUUAGUUGAAAUGUUGCUGAAGCUGAAUUCUACCGCAAACCCCCCCUGGAAUUUGUUUUGUCGGAUUCGACUUCGUUUACUAUUGCGCCAUAUUAGUGAGUAAGGUUAGGUUGCUUUUAGCUACCGGUUUAAGCUUCAAAACUUCAUUUUUUCCUUCUUCUCUUCUUAUUGUAGCAAAACGGUGAUUUAUUUUUGAAGCAAUGAAGUGCAGAGCAGCUUCCGAAUUUGCCAUUCUAGUGCUAGUGUUCUCGUUUCGCAGCCUUUUACUACCGAUAUCGCCUUAAAAAUGCCUCUAAUUUUCCUCUGUUAACGCUCUAAUUGUCUCUGUUCUUACCUCGUUACUAAUGAUUGUGCAAUCGUGCUUAGCUCUUGAUUUAAGUUCUUUUAGCAUAAAUGUUUCGUUCUACACCAAGUAAUUGGUUCCAGAGUCUGUAACGAAUGUUCUGGAAUCCACUGUGCGAUCUUCCUCGAAAAACGCUCAUCCCCUUCUACUUCCUUUUUGCGCUUACACUCGCGCCCAGCCCAGGUUCUGUACAGUAGAUAGAGAUAAUUUAUAUUUUCCUAACCAAUUUAACUAACGGCAACAGAAGGUAAAACGAGCCAGAACGCGAGGCAACCUGGCAUGCAUGAUAGAACACCCUGGGUGGUGCAAGAAAAGAAUGAGGGAAACAUUGAGAAAGAUUUGCAAUAAAUUAUCCCCUUCCCUCGUUUUUUUGUACAGAUUAAACCCCCCGUGAGCUACUAUAAAGAGAUAUACAUAAAUAGUUAUAUAAAUGUAUUCACCUAUCCCUCGUGCUCCCCUCCGUUUUUGAUACAGAACGCCCUGCCCUCCCCCGCCCUCCCAGGGAAAGCGAAACCGAAAAAAACAAAAACCCGAAACUUUAUAAAAGACAAGUAGCUAUAUAUAAACAUAGAUAUACCGAUUAACGUUUUCUUCGCGGGAAUAAAGUAAAAAAAAAACAAGAAGCCAGAAAAAAUCGAACAAAAAACCACGAACCCGAGCAAUAAACCUACCUUUGUAAGAGAUGUAUAAACACCUUCCCUGCACGAAUUGAGUCACAGAUGAGUAAACAAAAGCACGUUGGAAGGAGCAGCAAAAAGCCGAAGCGCACGACGAUAGGCUCGAGCGUUUGGUCGAGAUUCGCUUGAUAUUUUGUCACUUUUUCAUGAAACCUUUCGAACUGAAACCGCAGCUAAAUCUGGGAGAACGAAUCGGGGGCAUAAUUAUGCAAAGCUAGAAAAUAUAAAACAUAAAAUUCGAAACGAAAACAAGAGCGAGAGAGUGAGAGUGUAGGGACGGAAAAGCGCAAGGGAAAACUGUGAAACGAUAACAAAACAAAUAGGAAAACAACCGGUGAGCGUGUGAUGGGAAGGAAGAAAACUUAUAAUAUUAAACAGCUAAAAGGUAAAAAAGGAAAACAGAAAAGAAAAUGUGUUAAAACUGAGUUGUUAUAAGACUGAGCGGACAAAACAAAAGAGAAAACUAAAAACAAAAACAAACCGGUGGCUAAAGACAAGAGGGAAUAAAUUUGAC